GAUGAGAUUUGACCUUCAAGCAGCAAAGUGAGUUUUAGGCAAAGACACACCACAUUUAAACUUCAGGGUCUGAUUCUUCUGUUCAUUUUCCUUCCCUUCUGCCACUGGAAAUUUCUCUUGCAAGAGGAAAAAUACUUGUCUGAUAUCAGUGCUCAUCUUUGCUGACUAAGGCAGGUCAGCUGUGGGAUCAUCCCACCCCUUGGACUGCAGGGAUGGAGCAGAGGAGAUGGCUUCUGUUGGCUCUGGCACUGCUUCUGGCUAUCCCUUUCUCAGGUUCUGUUUUUCCAGGUGCAUCUCAGUGGGUCUCUGCCUCCUGGAUACAACUCUCUUUAUUCCUUCUCACAUUGGCUGCUGGUUCUGUUCUGGUAUUUCAAGGAAGGAGAGUGGACUCCCUGGAAACUGUUUGGCUGAAGAACCACCAGCACCUCUACCAAAAAAUUCAGACUCUGCAGGAAGUUUUCCAGAAUGAGCAGGAGUCCACACAGCGUGAUAUUCAGCUCCUCAGAACAGACCUGGAGAAUGAACUAGGAUUAACAAUAGAGGCAAAUACUACAAACACUCUGGAAUCUAUGUGGAAGAAGGACCUCCAUGAAGUGUCCCAACAAGUUCAAACUCUGCAGAAAGCUUUUCAAAACACCCAUGUGUACACACAGCGUGACCUUCAGGUGAUCAGAACAGACCUGAAGGAUGAACUAGGAAAGACACUGGAGGCAAAUGUCAGAGGGAAUAUAGCAUACAUGUGGCAGAAGGACCUUCUGCAGCUCUCCCAACAAAUUCAAACUCUGAAGCAAACUUUCCAGAAUAUGAAGGUUGCCAUACAGUGUGACCUUCAAAUGAUCAGAACAGACCUGGAGAACAAAGUAGGAGGGACAGUGGAGGCAAAAACAAGCACCUUAGAAUCCAGGCUGGAGAAGGACCAUCAUGAAACCUCCCAACAAAUUCAAACUCUGCAGGAAAAUUUCCAGAACACAUAUGAGACCACACAGCAUGACCUUCAGAUGAUCAGAACAGACUUGGAGCAUGACCUAGGAAGGACAGUGGAGGCAAAUACAAGGACCAUGGAAUCCAUGUGGAAGAAGGACCUUCUGCAGCUCUCCCAACAAAUGCAAACUUUGCAGGAAGCAUUCCAGAACAUGGAGGGGUCCACACAGUGUGACCUGCAGAUGAUAAGAGCAGACAUGAAGAAUGAACUAGGAAGGACAGUGGAGGCAAAUACAAGGACCAUGGAAUCCAUGUGGAAGAAGGACCUUCUGCAGCUCUCCCAACAAAUGCAAACUUUGCAGGAAGCAUUCCAGAACAUGGAGGGGUCCACACAGUGUGACCUGCAGAUGAUAAGAGCAGACAUGAAGAAUGAACUAGGAAGGAGAGUGAAGGAAAAUACCUCAAGGGUCUUGGAAUCCAUGCGGCUGAUGGACAUCCAGCAGCUUUCCCAAGAAAUUCAAACUCUGGAAAAAACUUUGCAGACCACAUUGAGGUCCACAAAAUAUGACUUUGACCUUCCAGUCCUACGGUCCUACAAAGGGGGCAUCUGCAAAUCCAGCCCCAGCCAGAGAGUUGCGAGAGAUAAUACAGCCAGGAGAAGAGCUGCAAAUAAUCCAGACCUCAAGGCACAAUCCAACAGAAAGCAAGAUGCCAGUACAACUGUUUAGGUCAGUGGUGUUUGCUGGAUGAAGAACCAUGGAACUGCAGCACAGAAGAAUGACUAACAAUUCCAAAUUAUGGCUGUUAGUUGCAAGCUGUUUAGUGCUUUCUUUCUUACUUUUAUUUUGCUUUAAUAUAACUGUCCUGCUUGUAAGAUAAGCAUAUAUUCUAUUUGCCAUCUGUCGGAGGUGGGGCAGGUAUCUUCUGUUGGGCAGUUUUCUUAUCUCUUCCAAGAACAAUGUCUCUCUCCGGGGAGAUAUCUUCUGUUAAUGUGCCAUUGAAUGGCUCACUGCAUGACUGAGAAGGUUACAUCAUCCCGUUGUAAGAUCCUCCACCCAGAGGGAGGAGCCAAGCAUCCUUACCUGCAUAAAAUCAGCAUUUCUUGAGACAGCAGCUUAGCCUCUUCACUGGAUUCCCAGAGGAAGACCAGGCCCAUCACCAGCCUAUCAGAGAAAACUACACCCUUCUACUGGGCCAUCGUUUCAGCAGCAUUUCAUCUGCCACUCCAGGAGCAGGAGGAGCAGCCACCAUUUAACUGGACUAUCAACAACACCCUGACUCCUCAGGGUGUCAGGUUUCUGACUCUAUCAGUAGUUUUGUUUGUACUAAUUACAUUUUUUUAAAUUUAGUUUUUUCCUAGUAAAGAACUGUUAUUCUCAUUCCCAUA